UCAAGUCGUAAACAACGUAUGUUUGUUUUCGUUUUUUGUUGUAAAAGAAAAUAAUUUUUUUGAAGUAAGAAGAAAAAAUAAAUAAAUUAAAUUUGUCUUUUCGUCGGUUGUGUGUUAUUUUCAAAAAAGGAUAUACACAUUUGUAUAUGUGUAUGUAACAAAAAAAAUAUUAUUCAUGGAUAAUUCAACAGAAAAAUAUAAAAAAAAAAUCUUAUUUUUAUUUCUUUUCUAAUAAUAAUAUUGAAAUGUAAUAAAUAAAAGUAAAUAAAGGAAUAAAAGCAAAAGAAGAGAAAAAAAGCAAAAUUCCAAAAAAGCUUUACCUUUGUAUUAGUAAAGUACAAACAAACACUUAAAACAUAAAGAAGUUGAGAAAAGGAAACAAAAAAAAAAAAGAAAAAUUGCCGUGUAUAUGAAAGCGAAACAAAGGUAAACAAAAAAUUCCUAGGGCCUUCAAUUUUCCGGUUUUAAAAACGGAAAUACCAAAUACAUAUAUAUACAUAUGUAUAUGUAUCUUAAGUUUUAUAUAUAUUUGUAAUAAUUUAUAUAAAACGGAAAUUAUAUUUAGGAAAAAGCCAAAAAAUAUAAAAAUUCAACCGAAAAAAAGUAAACGCAACGAAAAAUCACCAAAAAUUAUACUAAAUUUCCUCUAUAAUAGAGUUUCAUGUAAAUAAAUAUAAUUAUUUAUAUAAAUUUUCAUAUUUUUACUAUUAAAACACUAUAAAAUACCUAUAUAAUACUCUUAAUAAGACCACAUUUAAAUAUUUAAUUCAAUUUUUUAAUAAAACAUCUCUUUUUAAUCUAAAAGCAAAAAUACAAAAUAAUUUUCUAUAUACGAUAAAAAUAAUAAUAAUAAUAAUUAAAAAUUCAACAAAAAACCGCAAAAAUAAUUCCGAUAAUUUUUAAUAAACAUAAAAAAUUAUUUAAAAUAAAUCAAAUAACAAAAAAUUCAUCAAUAACUACAAAACCAACAACAUCAGAAUGGAUGAAGAUAGAGAAGAUACAAUAUGAAAUUAGAUGGGGCUUUCAAGCCCCAAGGAGCUUUUCCAUAUGUUGUCGAAAGCUCCAUAGGUGCUAAAAAUAGAAAAUAUCGUGAUAAAUUUUAUAGCAAUAAUCACAAUAAUAACAACAAUAUUUGUAUUAUUAACAAUAUAAAUAAUAAUAACAGUUAUAACAUCAAAAACAACAGCAACAACAUUAACAACAACAAUAAUAAUAAUAUUAGUAAUAACAACAAGAAAGAAAUAAAUUUCAAUAAAAAUUUUUUUAAUAAUAACAAUAAAAUUAUCAUAAAUAAUUUUUGCAGCAGUAAUUAUUAUAGCAACAAUAAUCGUAGCAACAGCAACAGCAGAAACAAUAGCAGCAAUAUAAUAAAUAAUAAUAACAGUGAAAUCAAUAUUAUUUCAAAUUUAUUUAAUCAAAAGCAACAAGAUUCAAAUAUUGUAUAUUAUAAAAAUUGCAUACAAGCUAAUACCGCUAAUGCUAAUAACAUUAAAAAUAUUAAUGAAAAUUUAACACAAUUGAAAAAUAUUAAAGGAUUUCAAGAAUCCUUAAUAAAAGUUGAUAACAACAAUACCAACAUUAACAAAAAUUUUACAAACAUCCGAAAUCAGAAAAAAUAUAACAACAAUAAUAACAACUUAAUUAAAAAUAAUAAAAACAACGACGACAUUAAUAACAUCAUUGGAAAUAGUUUAUGUUGUACUAGUACUCGUUAUAGAAUUGACAGGAACGUAACAAUAACAACACCAACAACAACAACAUUAACUAUUCAAGAGAAUUAUAAUAAAAAUCAAGUGUUACCAAGUAUUGUAACAUUUGGAAUAGUAGUGGCAGAAAACUCUAGUGAAUAUAAGAAAGAUAAAAAUAUAACAACAUCAUUAUUGUACGAUUUACGAAAAUUACGUAAAAUUUUCAACAAUAUAAUAAAAUUUAUAUUGGCGGUAAUUAGUUAUCAACAAAAAUUUGAUUUUAUUAAAAUGAAAAUGCGUUCAAUACAAUCACCAAUAUUUUUAUUUGCGUCAUCAUUAUUAUUUACGGCGGAUGAUAAAAACGGUCGCGACACCAUUAAAUAUGAAAAUAUCGGCCGUAACGGAAAUCGUAAUGGGAAAAUAAAAAAUCGCUUAUUUAAAACUAUGCCAUUCUUUUAUUAUUUUUUAUUUAAUUUUUUUAUUUUCGCGACAUUACCAAUAUCCGUGAAAUGCGAUGAAAAUGAUUUUUUUAGCUUCAAUUCAUACAGCUUAAGUCCAGAUUCAUCACAACCUGAUUUCGAUUAUGCAAGUCGAGGACAAAAGUAUUUUGGCGACAAAUGCGAAAAUACUUUACAAUGUGGAUUUCCUGGAUCAAUAUGUGAUUCAAAGAAAAAAACAUGCCGUUGCACUGAAGAUUACCCAAUUACAAAUCAUAUCGAUAAAUGUGGCCGCGUUGCAUCUCAUAAUGAAUCAUGCAAUUUUAAUGAAGAAUGUGAAGCUUUCCAUUUCAAAACGGAAUGUCGUGAUGGACGAUGCAUUUGUAAAUUUGAUUUACAACCUGUUUACAAUAAUGGAAAUUUUGAAUGUGGAGCUAAACAACCAAAAGUCCGUGAAGUUCAUUCAAUUGAUCCUGCUAUGAUUGGUGUCCUAGUUGGUAUGGCUCUAAUGUUUAUUAUCAUAUGCGUUGUACUCAGAUUAUUCAGUCAGGCAAGAUGGCGUGAGAAUCGUACAAUAUUUAAUACACCAAAUCCACGUUUAAUGAAUGUAUCGUUAUUGCGUGAAAGUAAACUAUUACAUGGACAGGAACGACGUGGUUCCAGAAUGUCGGUUAGAGGGCCAUCACGUCAACCUAGUAUGGCAUCAUUAAGACCACAUUCACCUAAUCCGUCAUUAGGUAAGAGAGCAUCCCGUAAUAGCAACAGUAACGGUUCUGUUGCAUCAAUUCGUUCACGUUGUGAUUCAACAACUGCUGGUUCAAUAAAAGGGCAUCAUCCACACCAUCAUCAUGGUAAUCGUAAAAAUUCACAACAAUCAAAUCAACAAACACCACUGAUAACACAUGUAACACCAAAUCCAGCAGCUGAAAGUGUUACAGUUGAAAUAAUUGAACCAACAGGAAAAACAACUAGUAAUCAUACCGAUAUUUAAAUUAAAUAUAAAAUAUAUUUAAAAAAAAAUAAAUUAAUAUAAAAAAAAAUUUUUAAUUUUAAUUUAAUUUAAAUUUUAUAAAUAUAAGCUUUCUCUCUUUUUUUUUUUUUUUAAAUAAAAAUUUUAAAUUUAAAAUCAUAAAUAAAUUGAAAACGAAAAUAAUAAAUUUUUUAAAUUUUCCAAAAUUUUUUUAUAAUUAUUUGCAAUAAUUUCAUAUAUAACAUUUCAUUUGUAAAAAUUAUCAUUAUUUUUAAAAUUUUAAUAAUUUUUUGUUUUUCUCAUUUAAUUUCAAUAGAUUUUUUUUAGAUAUAAUUUAAUCGGUAGAAAAAAUAAAGCGCGCAUACAAAAAAAAAAUAAUAAAAUAAUUUUUAAUUUUUUUUUAUGAAAACAAUUCAGAAGGACAUUAAUAAUAUUAUUGGUAAUUUAUAACAUUUUCAGAUAAACAAAGAAAAAAUAUUCAAUAUAACAGUAAAUAUAAAAGCAACAAAUUAAAUUAAUUUCUUAAAAAAAAAAUAAUUUUCUUAAAAUUGAAAUAUUUUUAAAUUAAAAAUUAUAUUGUCAUCUUAAAUAAUAGCAAUCAUUCAAAAAUUAUUAUAUAUAAAUUAAAAACUGUAAAGAAAUUGAAAAUAAAAUCUAUAAGAAGCCAUUAAGCAUGCAUUCAAAGAAAAUUUAAAAAAAAAAUAUUAAAUAAAUUGAUAAAAUUAAAUGCCUCUACACAUUUUAAAAACCAAAACAAAAAAAAAGCAUUUCUAGUGAUAUAUUUAGAAGCAAAAAAAAAUUUAAAUUUAAAAGUUUAAUAAAAAUUAUAAAUAUAUAAAAAUAAAUUAAAAUAAACAAUAAAUCGAAUAUUAAAACAAACCUACUUUUAUAAAAAAUUAAGAAAAUUAUUAAAAAUCAAAAACACAAAAAAUUAAUUAAAUGAAAUUAUAAAAACUUCGCAUAAUUAAAAUAUUAGCCAUAAUUUCUCUUGAUUCCA